CUUUCGGCGUAAAGAAACGACUGGUAGGCUAGUCACCACUUCACAAACUAGCUGCACCCGCGCUACAGCUCGUUUAACUUACUGACCUUAUAUUUUCCUUUGAAGUGCAUCCACCCUUGGGACUGAGUUGAUUGAUUCGUUUGACUCGGCGCUGUGAGUAUUUUCCAAUCUAAAGUGCAAUGUCGACAUUUUGUAUGUUGUUAGAAAGUGGCUACUCGCUAGUGGUAGCUGACGAGCUAUAGCUCGGUAGCUACCAUUGCUUUGUCUGAGUUGGUGACGCACAGACUUUGUUUGGGCCCGCAUAAUUAGCAAUGUGCUAAACCUAAUUUCAAGAGACUGUUGACAUCUUUUUAUGACAAUGCCUAGCUGUCAACUCGACUUAACCAACCCUUUCAUCAUGAAUCGCAAUGUAUUUUUGCCCAUUCUUUCGUUAAUACUUAGCUAGCUAUUUUAGUUAACUAGUUGAUCAUGGCCAUCAUUCGACUGUUAAAUGCAGCCAUCGAGCGAGCAAGCUAGCUAGCUACAGCUGGCAACGUUCAAGAUGUUGUGACAUGCUAUUUGGUACACAUUAUCUAACGUUAACCUGCAAUGCUGAUGGAUGUUAGCUAUCGCUCUAACGUUGUGUGAAAUGUGUUUUGUCACACCUUGCUUACAUAACAACACUAGCUAGUAGUAGUAACUUAGUACUAACCUGAAAUGUUAGUUGUGGCUAGUUAACUAAAAUGUGUUGUCUGUCUUUCAUGCAUGAUUAAAAUAACGCACCACAAAAACACGUUUAACCCAACGUUAAGUAAUGCGUCGUUAGCAGAUGCAACUUAGUUAAGUCAGCGAGCUACAUUAUGAAGCUAAAUUCAAUGUUAUCAACUUGAUAGUUAUGAAACAGAAAAGUAUAUCCAGCCCAUUUCCUGUUUUUGUUUUCCAUCACACACCGUGCAGAUAUAACUAACAUGGUACACUCGUAAGAUGAUUGGCUAGAAAACGUCCAUCCUGUGUCUGUACUAGAAAACGGCUGAUUGCUUUCAAAUAGUUCUGGCAGUCGUGGAUGAGAACUAGACAAUGAAUGCAUUGUAUUAUCAGACUACAGUAGCUGCCUACAGAAGCUACAUUGUAAUGUGUAGGCUACAUUGUAAUGUAUCAGACAACAACUCACUGAGUUUUUUUUCUCUCCCAGAUGUAGCUAGGCAUAUUCGUUUUAGCAAAAUAUAUAGCUAGUUUGGAGAGCUAAGUGAACAAACUAAACAUUAGGCUACAGGACAUCCUACUGUCAAGUGUUCUUUGACAAAUCACUGUAGUGCCAAGGGAAAUAAAAGUAGAUUUUAAUUUCUACUGACCCUGAAUGACCCCUGAAUGAACUGUGAAUCAUCAUUUAUUUACUAAAUUAUUUACCCCCAUACGCACAUUCAGUAACACAGUAAAACCUAGUGGCCUAGCCUACAUCAUGGCCCCUGUCCAGAUAGAGCAUGGCAGUGUAUAUAGAUAGUUUCACUGAGCAUGUUAUUGGGUUGUCCCAGGAUCGGUUACAUGUUUCAUCACCCUGCCUGUCAAAGUUGGACACCAGCCAGUCUCCCUCGUUCUUAGAAUGGUGCAUGACAUGUCACUGCAUGCUCUCUCUAGGGGUGUUUCUUGGAUUUGAAGACAUUCUGGGCUUAGCACAAAGCCAAUAGGGGUGUCUGGGGGCAUUCUCCCCCAGCAAAAAAUUAAUUUCAACAGCUAAAUUCAUGAAUAUGGGUCCCUUUGAGAUGAACAUUGAGAGAUGAGAUCUUCCCACCUGCCAAAGCAGACACUGCCAUUACUCAAUUACAGUAGCUACUGUGAGACUCUGGAAAACAUACAGUGCAUUCGGAAAGUAUUCAGACCCCUUGACUUUUUCCACAUUUUGUUACGUUACAGCCUUAUUCUAAAAUUGAUGAAAUAUAUUUUUUCUCAUCAAUCUACACACAAUACCCCAUAAUGACAAAGCCAAAACAGGUUUUUAGAACAGUGCAUGUCAGAGCAAAAACCAAGCCAUGAGGUCAAAGGAAUUGUCAGAGACAGGAUUGUGUUAAGGCAAAAUUGAAGGUCCCCAAGAACACAGUGGCCUCCAUCAAUCUUAAAUGGGAGAAGUUUGGAACCACCAAGACUCCAAACUGAGCAAUUGGGGGAGAAGGGCCUUGAUCAGCGAGGUAAUCAAGAACCCGAUGGUCACUCUGACAGAGCUCCAGAGUUCCUCUGUGGAGAUGGGAGAACCUUCCAGAAGGACAACUAUCUCUGCAGCACUCCACCAAUCAGGCCUUUAUGGUAGAGUGGCCAGGCGGAAGCCACUCCUCAGUAAAAUGCACAUGACAGUUUGCCAACAGGCACCUAAAUUACUUUCAGACCAUGAGAAACAAGAUUCUCUGGUCUGAUGAAACCAAGAUUGAACUCUUUGGCCAGAAUGCCAAGCAUCGCGUCUGGAGGAAACCUGGCACCAUCCUUACGGUGAGACAUGGUAGUGGCAGCAUCAUGUUGUCGGGAUGUUUUUCAGUGGCAGGGACUGGGAGACUAGUCAGGAUCGAGGGAAAGAUGAACAGAGCAAAGUACAGAGAGAUCCUUGAUGAAAACCUGCUCCAGAGCGCUCAGGACCUCAGACUGUGGCGAAGGAUCACCUUCCAACAGGACAACGACCCUAAGCACACAGCCAAGACAACGCAGGAGUGGCUUCGGGACAAGUCUCUGAACGUCCUUGAGUGGUCCAGCCAGAGCCCGGACUUGAACCCGAUCGAACAUCUCUGGAGAGACCUGAAAAUAGCUGUGCAGCGAUGCUCCCCAUCCAACCUGACAGAGAUUGAGAGGAUCUUCAGAGAAGAAUGGGAGAAACUCCCCAAAUACAGGUGUGCCAAGCGUGUAGCGUCAUACCCAAGAAGACUCAAGGCUGGAAUCGCUGCCAAAGGUGCUUCAACAAAGUACUGAGUAAAGUGUCUGAAUACUUAUGUAAAUGUAAUAUUUCAGUGUUUAAAAAAAUACAUAUAUUUGCAAACAUUUUUAAACCUGUUUUUGCUUUGUCAUUAUGGGGUAUUGUGUGUAGAUUGAUGAGGGGGGGGAAAAACAAUUUAAUCAAUUUUAGAAUAAGGCUGUAACGUAACAAAGUGGAAAAAGUCAAGGGGUAUGAAUACUUUCUGAAUGCACUGUACACCUGUCAAAUGAGCCUCUCACUCACACACACACUGUGCAGUAAUUAGAAUCCAUAGAGCAGCUUUAAGUGACAGUCUACUGUGUGCUCACCCCUCCUCUGCGCCUGUCUUAUCGCAUUCUCUGUGUCUGUUGCUGUCUCUCUUGUCUGCCCUCUCUUGUCCUGUCCUGGUUGUAAAAAAGUAAACAAUUGUUUUAAUAGUAAUUUCAAAGGCCUUUUCACCUCGCCUGCAAAUUCUUUCUAAACCAUGUUUUACUUUUUCACUGUCUGUAUUUCACCUCUUAUAAUUUGUGCAAAUAAAUAAGACCAAUUAGGAUCUAUAGAGCAGCUUGAAGUGAUAGUCUACAUUUACAUUUUAGUCAUUUAGCAGACGCUCUUAUCCAGAGCGACUUACAAUUAGUGAGUGCAUACAUUUUCAUACUGGUCCCCCGUGGGAAUCGAACCCACAACCCUGGCGUUGCAAGCGCCAUGCUCUACCAACUGAGCUACUGUGUGCUAGGGCUGGGCAGUAUACCGUAUUUUACUGUAUACCGUUAUUGAUGCACAGACUGGUUUCAGUGUUUACUUUACCUUCUAUAAAGGUAUUUUAAUGUUUGGUUUGUUAAAUAAAUACGCAAUGCAACUCUGGCCACUUAUAAUGUCAGUUUUUAUAGUUCACUCCGUUUGCUACUUGAGUCAUCUCUCUCCCUUUCCUCCUGCUGCUGCAUGCAGCUAACCACACCAAGCCCUGCCCCCUGUCACUCAAGGAGAGAGCAGUUGCUCAACCACAGAGUAAUGAGCACAUUUUUGCUGUUAACCCUGCAUGGUCAGAUGGAUGCAACAAUGUUGGUGAAAUGCUGCUUUCCACAAGCGUUCUAUACACUUAGUAGUUUGCAGACUGUAAGAUACACAAACUAUCUGCUAGUUUAUCUUUUCUUAGCAAGGAAUUGCUAAAAUAAUUUGUGUUAGCCGCUAAUCGCUAGUUGGCUAGCUUGCUAAAUGUACUAAGUGUCAGAGCAAACGUAGCUAGCUAGCUAAUACUGCCUGGUACCAGUGCUAGUGUAGGCCUAGAUAAGCAUGUUAGUGCAACGGUAUCUUAUCAGAGAGGAAUAGGCGAAGUAUGAAUAUGUUGGCUGGCUAGCUACAUGAAGUAAGAAAUGGUUCCUACCCUAUCAAUGAUUCCUCCCUGGUUUAUUCCUUGGUUGUCAUGCCAAACAACAAUGUAUUCAAGGUGCUGCUCACUAUAUUCCAGCUAUAGAAUUAGAAUAAGCAUUAUAUUUCCAUGAUUCCAACAGUUCACCAAUUAACUAAGGCUAUAUGUUUUUGCCCAUAUCAUGCUGCGUGGCACAGUGUUAAAGUUAUAUAAAAAAGUGCGGAAAUUGAUGAAAAUGCUGAUUUUAUUUUGUUGUUGUUUUAGAGUUGGAUUUAACAGUAUAAAUGGAGAAAGCCCCUAUUGAAAUCGCUUAUAAUUUGUGUUGCCACCCUAGGGUCAUGAACUACUCAUAAGAUCAUAUUUAGAACUUUUAUUAUCCAAAAACACAAAAUAUCGUCAAACGUCAAAUAUUGUGAUAUUAUAUUUUGUCUAUAAAUCGCCCAGCCCGACUGUGUGCUCAAACUGUAAAAAAGUGUCCGCAUAACAGCGCAACACAACUCCAAACAUGACAGAUAAGAAGCUACGUAGCCCCUAGGCCUCUCAAACUCAACUCUGGGCCUCAAAUCCAGUUCCACUGCAUAUUUUCAUUGUUCUCCUCUAAUCAUAGACUGAUUUAGAGCUGAGACCCCAGGUGUGUUUAAUUAAUGAUCCGGUAGAACAGAUAAUCAGCAGGCUCUCGACCUCCGUAGGGUAAAAGUUGAAUACCCCUGCCCUAGGCAAUAUUAAUAUAAAGAGACAUGAGCACAACAAUUUUUACCUGUAGAAUUGAAUAAGUUAUAAAACCUCUAUGAUUCAUUUAGUCAGUUUUACUAGCUAAUGUGAGAUUUUUUAGAUUACAUAACAUUUGAGGACACACAAUUUAAAGCGGCAAUCAGCAGUUGAAACAGUAACAAAGCGUAUUCCCUGACCCUGUUUUGGUAAAAAGCUGAGGGAUGGGUCUGGAGAAAUGUAGCUUCUCUCAAAUUCAUAGAAGGCUAUGGAUGCAAGGACUGACCAACCAUGAUAUCAACAUUUUAUAGUUUUAACCAUGUUUUUAAAUGCUAUAUAGUGUUUGUUUACAUUUACUUUGUUUACAAACAUUCUAGUAAAACAAGCUUAUAUUUUGGGUUCUGAUGGGGUGCAACAGUUGAACUUAAGCUCAUGAGCCAUUGUUAUAUUAUUCUAGAAUCAAUGGGUACAUAUCAUUCAUUAAUAAGUCCAAAAAUGUAUGUAGUAUCUGCUGAUUGCCCCUUUAAGGGCCUAUGUAUUUUCUAUGUUUUGUUCACCUACAAUCUAACCACAAAGCUGGCAAUCUUUUCCCCUCUUUCUGUUCAUUUGUCAUAUACACAUGAUAUACAUGGAUUAUAUAGUGCAAUGAAAUGCUUACUUGCAGGUUAACCUCUCGACAAUGCAAAAACAAUAGAAAAAUUAGCUAAGUGAAUAAAGAGUAAUAAAAAUAAAAGCAAAAUUAAGGCAGUUUUUUAAAUGUAUUUUUCAUACAAAUAGUUACAUAGCCUAUAUGGAAAUAUCAGACAUGAGCCAAGCAUGUUUACCUGUAGAAUGGAAUAUGUUAUGAUUCAUUUAAUUUUGUCAGUUCUACCACCUCAACAUAGCUAAUUUUAAACAGGGUUAAAUAUAAUUUAGUGUAUAUAGUAAAGUUCAGCUUCAGUCCACAGUUCAGCUAUGUCACUGUCAGAAGAUACACUACAUGACCAAAAGUAUGUAGACACCUCGUUGAACGUCUCAUUCCAAAAUCAUGGGCAUUAAUAUGGAGUUGGUCCCCCAUUUGCUGCUAUAACAGCCUGCACUCUUCUGGGAAGGCUUUCCACUAGAUGUUGGAACGUUGCUAGGAGGACUUGCUUCCAUUCAGCCACAAGCAUUAGUGGGCGAUUAGGCCUGGCUAGCAGUUGCCGUUCCAAUUCAUCCCAAAGGUGUUCGAUGGGAUUGAGGUCAGGGCUCUGUGUAGGCCAGUCAAGUUCUUCCACACCGAUCUCACCAAGCCAUUUCUGUAUGGACCUCGCUUUGUGCACAGGGGCAUUGUCAUGCGGAAACAGGAAAGGGCCUUCCCCAAACUGUUGCCACAAAGUUGGAAGAACAGAAUCGUCUAGAAUGUCAUUGUAUGCUGUAGCGUUAAGAUUUCCCUUCACUGGAACUAAGGGGCCUAGCCCGAACCAUGAAAAACAGCCCCAGACCAUUAUUCCUCCUCCACCAAACUUUAUAGUUGCCACUAUGCAAUGGGGUAGGUAGCGUUCUCCUGGCAUCCGCCAAACCCAGAUUUGUCAGUCGGACUGCCCGAUGGUGAAGCGUCACUCCAGAGAACGCGUUUCCACUGCUCCAGAGUCCAAUGGCGGCGAGCUUUACACCACUCCAGCUGACGCUUGGCAUUGCACAUGGUGAUCUUAGGCUUGUGUGCGGCUGCUCGGCCAUGAAACCCAUUUCAUGAAGCUCCAGAUGAACAACUCUUGUGCUGACGUUGCUUCCAGAGGCAGUUUGGAACUCUGUAUUGAGUAUUGGAACCGAGAACAGACGAUUUUUACGCGCUACGCACUUCAGCACUCGGCGGUCCCAUUCUGUGAGCUUGUGUGGCCUACCACUUCGUGGCUGAGCUGUUGUUGCUCCUAGAUGUAUCCACUUCACAAUAACAGCACUUACAGUUGACCGGGGCAACUCUAGCAGGGCAGAAAUGUGACAAACAGACUUGUUGGAAAGGUGGCAUCCUAUGACGGUCCCACGUUGAAAGUCACUGAGCUCUACAGUAAGGCCAUUCUACUGCCAAUGUUUGUCUAUGGAGAUUUGCAUGGCUGUGUGCUCGAUUUUAUGUCUUAAAGUAAUGAUGGACUGUCGUUUCUCUUUGCUUAUUUGAGCUGUUCUUGCCAUAGUAUGGACUUGGCCUUUUACCAAAUAGGGCUAUCUUCUGUAUACACCCACUACCUUCUCACAACACAACUGAUUGGCUCAAACGCAUUAAGAAGGAAAGAAAUUCCACAAAUUAACUUUUAACAAGGCACACCUGUUAAUUGAAAUGCAUUCCAGGUGACUACCUCAUGAAGCUGGUUGAGAGAAUGCCAAGAGUGUGCAAAGCUGUCAUCAAGGCAAAAGGGUGGCUAUUUGAAGAAUCUCAAAUAUAAAAUAUAUUUUGAUUUGUUUAACACUUUUCUUUGGUUACUACAUGAUUCCAUAUGUGUUAUUUCAUAGUUUUGAUGUCUUCACUGUUAUUCUACAAUGUAAAAAAUAAAGAAAAACCCUUGAAUGAGUAGGUGUGUCCACAACUUUGUGCCCUGCUGAAUGCGGCCCUGGACAUAGGUGUGCAAUGCAUGGGCAAAUGUAAUUACUCUCUGUGUGUAUAUUAAAACAAAAAAUAUGAUUAUAUUAUUUUAAAAAUAUAUUUAUUUAUUAUUUUUUUACAUAGUGCCGCAUCCAGUCCACAAGGUGGCGCAGCGCCACUCUUACUCUUUGUGGAGCAACCUGCAUGGCUAUGCAUUUCAGGGACUUAAAGCUACUCCUUUAACACUGUACAGUACUAUCACACAUUGGUGAGAAUUCAUCUAUUAUUUAUUUUGCCAGUGUGUUAAAGAACAGCCAAUGGAAAAGUACCUCUACACAAGGCCUAGCCUACUAGCUUCUACUACAAUGUCACCUCUGAAUGUAAUCUUUAUUAGCUGACUCAGAUAUGUCAGGUGGAGAUGCUGAGAAAGCAGAUGGAGAAUUCAAGACAUUUCUUCUUCCUCUGCUGCAGCUCUCAUAAAUGGGCAUUAUGAUUUUCUCACAGAUCAUACUCAUUCGAGUCAUGCAAGGUUUUUAGCUUUUUAAUAACUUUAAUUAUUAGUUGCUACCUGUCCUGCAGUUAUUUCCACGCUUCAUCAUAAAAAACUAUACUUCAGUUUUACGGUUUUAUUAAUGACUAUCUCAUUGUAGUUAACAUGCAUGAACUCAUAAGGAUUUUGUUUAAAUAUAGUCUUUACCAUUAGAUUAAUGUGCUUACGCAGUAGUUUCACUAGAUAUCAAGGACUGAGCACCAAAGGGGCGUAACUGAUAAUUUCUGAAUUGUAGUAAAAAGUUAGUUCGAAAAACGUAUUUAAGUGUCACCCCACAGUGAUACAAUAAUUGACAAUACAAAAUACAGAUAAAAAAACACGGGACCACUCAAAUAGUUUUGAGACACAAAUAAAAUCAGUCAAACAUGGUACAGUAUUUCCUUUGGCAUCAUCUAUAAUACAUACAUUACGGCAUCUAUACACAUGUAUGCAUAAACCGUACAGUAGAUAAAAGGACAUUGGAGGAUAAGGUGGCAGGCUUUGGCGCAGCCAUUUACAUUAUUGUUACCUGAUAAAAUUUCACACAAUUUAUUAUUUUCAUCUAGACUGUUAAAAUUAUCAUUUUGGCUGGACAGCUGACGGAAAAAUAUCAUCCCUAAUGUCAUUGUAAAACCCACAGUAAAGCAAGGCAUGAGCUUCUGUUAAAAUGGAUACAUCGUAACAAAAAGUACAGACACAUUUAUCUAGAGGAAUGUUUGUGUAUUGACCAGUCUCAAUAGCGAGAGGGCUUUGAUUUUGCAAAACAGCUUUGAUUUUGCUUGGAUAAAACUGUAUGUACAUAUGGUUAUGUCCCAAAAGUGCAUUUAAAACGGAAGUAAGUGCGCAGCUUGUUUCUUUUGGUUAUUGAUCAGUUGAAUAGGAUGCCUAUACAUUUAUCUCCAUAGUUGCUUGCUUUGCACUAUCUGUAACUACAUGGGUAAUUACUUCUGGGUGUCUCCACAGAUUGACAUCCCCUGCUAUACUUAUAAUCUUACAUCCCUCGACAUUGUCUCCCUCUCUCUCAAUUCCCUAGAGUUAGCCUGUCUUGGUAGGACCAUGGUGUGAAGUGGCCCCAAGGAAAGAAGAACACCACAACCACUCAACCCCUCAGGUGUCCUCUUCAUCUUUCCAUGCCACAUUAAGAAGACAACACAGCGCUCCACUUGUGGAAAGAAGAGUUUUGCACCCUCUUUGUUCUACUGUUUCUUUCUCGCCAUGGGGGGUGCGGUGAGUGCCGGCGAGGACAACGAUGAUCUGAUUGACAACCUGAAGGAGGCGCAGUACAUCCGUACGGACCACGUGGAGCAGGCCUUCAGGGCCAUUGACCGCGGAGACUACUACCUGGUUGGCUACAGGUACUACAUUACCCAUAAUGCUCUGUACAGCAUAUCCAGUUUUAUCUUGGGGGCGAAUCCUAACUUGCAUUGUUGUACAUUGAAGACUAAGUGGAAGUUACAAUUUGCCCCUUAGUAAAGAUGUUCCUGAAGCUAACACUUUAUCGAUACUGCAGGGACAAUGCCUACAAGGACCUGGCGUGGAAGCAUGGCAACAUCCACCUGUCUGCCCCCUGUAUCUACUCUGAGGUGAUGGAGGCGCUAAAACUGCAGCAGGGACUGUCCUUCCUCAACCUGGGCAGUGGGACUGGGUACCUCAGCACCAUGGUGGGACUCAUCAUAGGUAAUGAUGCCCCUGUUUUUUCAAUUAAAUAAUUUCACUCUCUAAAAUCUGUUGAGAUAUUCAGUGGAAACUUGAUUGAUUAUUAUAUAGUGAUGAUAUACAUUGAUGCUCUAGCCCUAAUGAGUUAACCUAUGCUUGAAUAACACACAUGAACAGCAUAUGAAGUCAAACACAUACCCACAUCUUCUUUCAUAAGUGAUGUGUAAUCACUGCAAAUUACAUUUGGUCCUAAACGAUAUUAUAACCACGAUCGAUAAUAGACAGUACUGUGCAGCCGUCUUCAUCGACCUGGCCAAGGCUUUCGACUCUGUCAACCACCGCAGUCUUAUUGGCAGACUAAAUAGCCUUGGUUUCUCAAAUGACUGCCUCGCCUGGUUCACCGACUACUUCUCAGAUAGAGUUCAAUGUGUCAAAUCGGAGGGCCUGUUGUCUGGACCUAUGGCAGUCUCUAUGGGGGUGCCACAGGGUUCAACUCUUGGGCCGGCUCUUUUCUCUGUGUAUAUCAAUGAUGUCGCUCUUGCUGCUGGUGACUCUCAGAUCCACCUCUACGCAGACGACACCAUUUUGUAUACAUCUGGCCCUUCAUUGGACACUGUGUUAACAAACCUCCAAACGAGCUUCAAUGCCAUACAACACUUCUAACGUAGCCUCCAACUGCUCUUAAACACUAGUAAAACUAAAUGCAUGCUCUUCAAUCGAACGCUGCUGGCACCCGCCCACCCGACUAGAAUCACUACUCUCGACGGGUCUGACCUAGAGUAUGUGGAAAACUACAAAUAACUAGGUGUCUGGUUAGACUGUAAACUCUCCUUCCAGACUCACAUUAAGCAUCUCCAAUCCAAAGUUAAAUCUAGAAUCGGCUUCCUAUUUCGCAACAAAGCCUCCUUCACUCAUGCUGCCAAACAUGCCCUCGUAAAACUGACUAUCCUACCGAUCCUUGACUUCGGCGAUGUCAUUUAUAAAAUAGCCUCCAACACUCUACUCAGCAAAUUGGAUGUAGUCUAUCACAGUGCCAUCCGUUUUGUCACCAAAGCCCCAUAUACAGUGAGGGAAAAAAGUAUUUGAUCCCCUGCUGAUUUUGUACGUUUGCCCACUGACAAAGACAUUAAAUAAGUAUUUGACCCCUCUGCAAAACAUGGUGGCAAAACCCUUGUUGGUAUCACAGAGGUCAGACGUUUCAUGUAGUUGGCCACCAGGUUUGCACACAUCUCAGGAGGGAUUUUGUUCCACUCCUCUUUGCAGAUCUUCUCCAAGUCAUUAAGGCUUCGAGGCUGACGUUUGGCAACUCGAACCUUCAGCUCCCUCCACAGAUUUUCUAUGAGAUUAAGGUCUGGAGACUGGCUAGGCCACUCCAGGACCUUAAUGUGCUUCUUCUUGAGCCACUCCUUUGUUGCCUUGGCCGUGUGUUUUGGGUCAUUGUCAUGCUGGAAUACCCAUCCACGAACCAUUUUCAAUGCCCUGGCUGAGGGAAUGAGGUUCUCACCCAAGAUUUGACGGUACAUGGCCCCGUCCAUCGUCCCUUUGAUGCGGUGAAGUUGUCCUGUCCCCUUAGCAGAAAAACACCCCUAAAGCAUAAUGUUUCCACCUCCAUGUUUGACAGUGGGGAUGGUGUUCUUGGGGUCAUAGGCAGCAUUCCUCCUCCUCCAAACACGGCGAGUUGAGUUGAUGCCAAAGAGCUCGAUUUUGGUCUCAUCUGACCACCACUUUCACUCAGUUCUCCUCUGAAUCAUUCAGAUGUUAAUUGGCAAACUUCAGACGGCCCUGUAUAUGUGCUUUCUUGAGUAGGGGGACAAUGCGGGCGCUGCAGGAUUUCAGUCCUUCACGGCGUAGUGUGUUACCAAUUGUUUUCUUGGUGACUAUGGUCCCAGCUGCCUUGAGAUCAUUGACAAGAUCCUCCCGUGUAGUUCUGGGCUGAUUCCUCAUCGUUCUCAUGAUCAUUGCAACUCCACGAGGUGAGAUCUUGCAUGGAGCCCCAGGCCGAGGGAGAUUGACAGGUCUUUUGUGUUUCUUCCAUUUGCGAAUAAUCGCACCAACUGUUGUCACCUUCUCACCAAGCUGCUUGCCGAUGGUCUUGUAGCCCAUUCCAGCCUUGUGUAGGUCUACAAUCUUGUCCCUGACAUCCUUGGAGAGCUCUUUAGUCUUGGCCAUGGUGGAGAGUUAGGAAUCUGAUUGAUUGAUUGCUUCUGUGGACAGGUGUCUUUUAUACAGGUAACAAGCUGAGAUUAGGAGCACUCCCUUUAAGAGUGUGCUCCUAAUCUCAGCUCGUUACCUGUAUAAAAAAACACCUGGGAGCCAGAAAUCUUUCUGAUUGAGAGGGGGUCAAAUACUUAUUUCCCUCAUUAAAAUGCUAAUCAAUUUAUAACAUUUUUGACAUGCGUUUUUCUGGAUUAUUUUGUUGUUAUUCUGUCUCUCACUGUUCAAAUAAACCUACCAUUAAAAUUAUAGACUGAGCAUUUCUUUGUCAGUGGGCAAACGUACAAAAUCAGCAGGGGAUCUGCUCCUGAGUGGCGCAGUGGUCUAAGGCACUGCAUCGCAGUGCUAACUGUGCCACUAGAGAUCCUGGUUCGAAUCCAGGCUCUGUCGCAGCCGGCCGCAACCGGGAGACUCAUGGGCGGCGCACAAUUGGCCCAGCGUCGUCCAGGGUAGGGGAGGGAAUGGACAGGAAGGGAGGGAAUGGCCGGCAGGGAUGUAGCUCAGUUGAUAGAGCAUGGCGUUUGCAACGCCAGGGUUGUGGGUUUGAUUCCCACGGGGGGCCAGUAUAAAAAUAAAAAUAAAUUGAAAAAAAACAACAUGUAUUCACUAACUGUAAGUCGCUCUGGAUAAGAGCGUCUGCUAAAUGACUAAAAUGUAAAAUGACUGUACUACCCACCACUGUGACCUGUACGCUCUUGUUGGCUGGUCCUCACUACAUAUUCGUCGCCAAACCCACUGGCUCCAGGCCAUCUAUAAAUCACUGCUAGGCAAAUCCCCGCCUUAUCUUAGCUCACUGGUUACCAUAGCAACACCCACCCGUAGUCUGCGCUCCAGCAGGUAUAUCUCACUGUCAUCCCCAAAGCCAACACCUCCUUUGGCCGCCAUUCCUUCCAGUUCUCUGCUGCCAAUGACUGGAACGAACUGCAAAAAUCUCUGAAGCUGGAGACUCUUAUCUCCCUCACUAACUUUAAGCAUCAGUUGUCAGAGCACCUUACCGAUCACUGCACCUGUACAGAGCCCAUCUGAAAUUAGCUACCUCAUCCCCAUAUUGUUAUUUAUUUGUCUCAUUUGCACCCCAGUAUCUCUAUUUGCACAUCAUCUCUUGCACAUCUAUCAUUCCAGUGUUAAUACUAAUUGUAACUAUUUUGCACUAUGGCCUAUUUAUUGCCUUACCUCCAUAACUUACUACAUUCGCACACACUGUGUAUAUAUAUUUUCUGUUUGUAUUUUUGACUUUGUUUUGUUUACCCCAUAUGUAACUCUGUGUUGUUGUUUUUAUCGCACUCCUUUGCUUUAUCUUGGCCAGGUCGCAGUUGUAAAUGAGAACUUGUUCUCAACUGGCUUACCUGGUUAAAUAAAGGUGAAAUAAAUACAAUUGUUUUUUGAAGGUCCAUUUGGCGUGAACCAUGGAGUUGAGCUCCACAAGGAUGUGGUGGAAUAUGCCAAGGAGAAACUGGAUGACUUCAUCAAGAAUAGUGACAGCUUUGAUAAGUGAGUUGGAUGCUUAAUCAAAAUGUUAUAUAGGGUAUAUCCUGUAGCUCAGUUGGUAGAGCAUGGCGCUUGCAACGCCAGGGUUGUGGGUUCGAUUCCCACAGGGGGCCAGUAUGAAAAAUGUAUGCACUCACUAACUGUAAGUCGCUCUGGAUAAGAGCGUCUGCUAAAUGACUAAAAAUGUGUAAUGGUGCAUGCAGUGAAACUCUAGUUAAAUAACUAGCUGCAGUUCCGUUAGUAUUUAUGUGCCUGCCAAUUCACAGACAUGGAAAUUGCCUUCUUAAGUUUGUGUGUCUUGCAAAUGGAAUACAUUUGAAUGUGUUCAAAUCUGUUUGUUUAUUUUUACAUUUCUUCUCAGACUGAUUGGCUUACUUUUAUUACUUUUUAUUUUGUUUUUGUCAGGUUUGAGUUCUGUGAACCCGUCUUCAUGGUGGGCAACUGUCUGGAGAUCUCGUCAGACAGUCACCAAUACGACCGUAUCUACUGUGGUGCGGGGGUGCAGAAGGAUCAUGAAAAUUACAUGAAAAUCCAGCUCAAAGUGGGGGGUAUUCUAGUGAUGCCUAUAGAGGAUCAGGUAAGCAUUAGAGAAUGCCUCUGAAUAUUGCAGAAAACAUAAACAUCAUCAUUCACGAUGAUGCCGUCCCAAUUGGGAAUCAGAGGCUGCGUCCAGAAUGGCAACCUAUUCACUAUAGCGCAUUACUUUUGACCAGAGCCCAGUUCAAAAGAAGUGCACUAUUUGGGACUAGAGUGCCAUGUCGGACACAGAUAAAGUGAAAUAGCCGUGGCCUGCAUGACCAAUGAUGUUAUGAUACCCAGCCAUUGUUAUUGUGCAUCAGAAGCCCCUGGACGGGGACUUACGCCAUCAGUCUGCUCUAUUUUUUUCCUCCAAGAAAUUGGUAAAUAGCAAAAACACUUUUGAAAAAGGAUGACAUUGUGUGGCACUCAAGCAGGGAAGGAAACAAACAAAAAAAGGUAAGGGUUUGCACAAGCCCACACAGUCCUUCAUGCUGUGAAAUGGAAAGGAGCUGCUUAUGUUGUUUUUCUGAAAACGGUUGAAACUCCUGCGUUGCCAGGUUUGUUUGGUGGUGCAAUAAGGAGAGAAAAGGUUUUGAUUAGGAGAAUUGAGGCCAAAGGGCUGAGGCAGCUUAAGAAGCUCAGGUCCACCACAGUUCCUCUGGAUCAACACCUCUACAUCAGGCCAAAACCAGCUUUUUGUCAUGUAGAUAUUUGAUUUGAAAACACCAAUGUCCCUUUCUGGUGUGGAACUAAAGAUGCAUAUAAUACAUGUGAUUUUGGCCAUCUGUUGUCAUGGUGUAUUGAUUGUGGUGUUGUUAUCCUGGCUGGUAUAAGUUCUCCAUUGGCUAGUAGGAUGGUGGUGUUUAUUGUGGUUGGUAUGUGUCUAGUGGAUUUGGCGUUAACAUGGUUGGUAUAUGUUCUCCGUUGUCUCAAUGGACUGGUGCUGUUGUUACCGUGGUGGCUAUACAGUAACUAUCACUCAUUUGUCUCUUGUUGCAGCUGACUCAGAUCACCAGGACUGGUCAGUGUUCCUGGGAGAGUAAGAAUAUCCUGGCCGUGUCAUUCGCUCCUCUGGUCCAGCAGAACAGAGCUGAGGGAAGCAAGCCUGAUGCGGUAGAACUGCGUGAGUCCUCUACUCUAACCCCUGUUCUCUACUCUAACCCCUGUUCUCUACUCUAACCCCUGUUCUCUACUCUAACCCCUGUUCUCUACUCUAACCCCUGUUCUCUACUCUAACCCCUGUUCUCUACUCUUAACCCCUGUUCUCUACUAUUAACCCCCUUUUCUCUACUCUUAACCCCCUGUUCUCUACUAUUAACCCCUGGGUCUUAUUCACUAGGACCCAAAAGGAAGAAAACUGAAACUGGGAGGGAGGGAGGGAGGAAGUACCUGAAUUCAUCCCCUAAAAAUACUUGUUUUCAUUUUCCCUUUGCCACAUUUUGCUACGGUGUGCACUAAUGAAUAUGAACUUGUUAUUUUCUCUGUAAAAAGCCACAUCAGAACAGUUCCCCUUUUAUUUUGUUUUUCUAUCUGUCUUUUGAAGUGUAAAGUAAGCCACACUUUUUAAGUCAGAGGAUUUAUUUAAAGUUAGAAGAUGAGGCCGUUUCUAACAAAUCCUUUGCUUUGACUCAAGGCCUCGCUGCCCUGCAGGGUAGAUGCAUAAUUCUAAAUAUUUCAAACAGUAAUGGAUUGUUCCUUUACUUAUUUUUCUAUAAAUGAAGUUGAAGUUUGUAUAUUGAUGUGUAUAGUUUAUAUUAGUUUUUUAUAUGUAUUGUUGUGAAUGCAGGGCUCAUUUGAGAAAGAGACUUUGGUCUCAGCAUGACUCGCUGUCGAAAUAAAGGUUAAAUAAGUAUUGUCCCCAAAUGGCCAGACAAUAUAUGGAGCUCUUGCCUGCUGAAUAUCAAUAGAGAAUGUUAUUGGGCUAAUGUGAUUUGACCUGCCAUCUUUGUCCCUCCUCCUCCUCCUCAGCCCCAGUGACAGUCAGGAGCCUUCAGGACCUGUCUCGCAUCUACAUCCGCCGCACCCUCCGAGAUCUGACCAAUGAGGAGAGCCCUGACAACAGCCUGGUGCAGCGGGCGCCCCAGAAACGCAAGCGCAGGCGUUGUCGGCGGCGACGCAUUAACACUUACGUUUUUGUGGGCAACCAACUGAUCCCCCAAGCCGUGGAGAGCGAGGAGGACGAACGGAUCGAGGAGGAGCAGCACAAGGAGGAGCAGGAGGCGCAGGAGAAGGAGGAGGAGAGAGACAUUGGCAGAAUUGAGAUACUAAAGGCAGUAAAUGUACUGAGAGACAAAAUCCUGACUUUACCUCUGCCUGAAUCGCUGAAGGCCUAUCUGUUGCACUACCGAGAAAAAUGACUGACGGCACAACCUGCUGGCAUCCGUUCUAAUGGAUGCAAUGCCUGCUGAGAUGUUUUUCCUUACUUUCCUGUCUUCUUUUUUCAGUACAGAAAGAUUUAGCAUUGUUUUUCAUUUCUCUUAAAGGUGAACCUGGAAUGGAGACUGAGAGACUUCCUGGUCGUCUUGGAUAAUGUUCUAUAAUUACUAUGAUCUGGUUAAGUUUUUGUUGUCUAAUGUUUUGGAUUUGUACAUCAAAGCUUUAUUUAAAAGCCUACUGAUUGGAAAAUCAUUUUCAAAGAUUACAUUUUGAGGAUGUAGAUUUUUUCACAUGUUAAUAUUCCAGCAAAUUGUCACUAAAUGAAAUUGUAUAAAAUAAAAUAAAUGCUAACUAUAUUUGUUAAGAAUAUGAUAAUGAAAAGAUCCAUAAUUUUACUGCAACCUUUUUCUAGAAGCUUUAAAGAACUUGAUAUUACUGAAUAAAGAUUUACAAUUGCUGAAUGGAAGAAUUGGAGACAAAAAUGCAUGUACACCUAAUCUUAUUUGAAUCAAAGACUAUUAUGGAACAUUUUCUCAUGAAUCUUUGAAGGGGCAAUUCUUUCAUUGUAAUUUCCUCACACUGUUAUGUUUGAGUAGAGGGAUUUUAAUGCUGUGUGACGAUGAAAGAUCAGUGGGACUCCGACUAGAUUGGUUUGUAAUUUCUCCUAGAGACCAUUCUUAAAUCUAUCUGAAGUGUUUUUUUUUUAGAAUGGUUAUAUCCUCAUAUUUUAUCUCACUUUGCUCUUAAGUAACUGACAUUAGGCUUUAUAUGAAUAGGCAUUUUAAUUUUGUGAUGAAUUUUUAUGGCCUUGAGUGCUUCGUCCGACAGACUUAUUUUCCUAUAUUUUUUGCUGUCGUGCAUAAGGGUUUAUAAUCGUCAUACCAGCGGUUAGGCUAAUGGGGAAUCUUAUUAAUGAAGAUUUUUCUAAUGGUGAAUGAAAAUGGCCGGCUCAUAAAUGUAUUUUCCCCUGGCACAGCAUCUCUAGUUCUUUAUCGUGAGGACCUUAACACUUACAGUACCUCAGAACAAACCAGAAGACCCACUAUGAACUCACAGGGGUAUCUGAGUCAUAUAGUAACAAUAAUAAUAAUCCUGUACAGUGAUAAGUGGUAUGGAUUAUUUUAAAUGUUUGUCAGCUUUGGUCCACAUGACAUCCACGCUUGAUCAUUUGGAGGUGAUGUCCUAGAUGAUCAUAAAUGUACUAUUACUUUCUAUAUGAAAAGAGCUGGUGUGUUUUUAAACCACAAAGAACGACUCGAGGCGGGUCAUGGCACAAAAACUCACAAUACGUUGUAUUGUACUGUACUUUCUAUUUGCAGCAGUGCAAAAUCACAAUGAUGGGAGAUUUUUGGAAUCCUCCUUUCUCUGUACUGUGGCAGUAUUCAACAUAACAAGCACAUUAUUCUGUUAAGUCCUAAAUCAUGAAAAGAGACUUGUCAUCCUUGGGUUGAUGUAUGUGUUUUUACUGUGGACUGGAGCAAAGUACAAAACACAUGGUAUUUGAGUCAUGUAGCUGUACGUGUAUCAAUUAUAAUUUUAUUGUGAAACUCUCAGUUUAAGAGAUGGCUUUUAAAAUGACAUUACACCCCAUCACAUCCGCUCCUUGUCAAGUGAGUCUUGUUUUAUGGCAAUGUAAAGGGGGACAUUCUGACCACAGUGACGUCUAAGAAUGAUGGGGUGCUUCUACAGUACAUUCCAUAAAUGCUUGAAAAAGAAUAACAUAUUCAAUACCCAUUGUUAGAUGUCACAUUUGUAUUUAUAUUUGACAGUUGCAUUACAUACUUGGAAAUUCAUGACUGAUCUUGCUUUGAAAGCAUUUUUAAUAUUUCAGUAGCUGAAAUGAUAGUUGUUGAUAUAUUAUUGAGGUUAAAUUUUGUGUGAACAUGACAACAGUACAGUAGCUGGUUAUGAUAUGUUUGGUUAUAAAAUAAUGUGGAUUAGGUUUGAUUUGUUUGUUGUUGUAGCGCCCUCUUGCUGUCACAAGGCACUGCGAAAUCUUCUUGUAUGUAGAUCCAAACUCCACUUGUGUUAGUUCUAUGGCUAAACAUGCAUGUGCUCAAAGCCUUCCAUCUUGUUCUGGUGUAGUGUAUACUAUUUGGGUUUAACAUGGGGUUAGUUGAUUUAUAUAUUGGUUAUUGUAUUUUGUGAAGAGGUGAUCCUGUAGACCUUUUUCCAUCAUGACUUGAGCAGUGUUCAUAUUCCCAGGAAAACGUUUGAAUUGUAAGCAAUAAUACAUACAUUACUUUAACUAUCAAAAAUAAGUAGCAGAUCCGUAUGGCUCUGAUUGGCAAAAACAACUGUAAUUUUCAUAGUCAUCAUUUUGAAUAAUCAAAUCUCUCAGAAAUGCUAAAUGACGUACACAUAAAACUGUUGAAAUCAUAUUUACAAUGGGUAAAACUGCAAAUGUAUGGUGUUGGACAUAAUUCAGGAGUCCUAUUACCUGAGAUUUUGGGUCACCCCAUGUACCAGAGGUGAUGCGUUAUCAAAUGUACAGUAAUAAAUGGUCCCCACAGUAAAGGCCCAAUUACAAUCCUAUUUUAUGGUCUUGCCUUCAAUUAAUUGGUACAAGGGCGGAACUAUUGUUCUGUUUUUUUUUCUUAUUAUUGAUAUUUGAAAGUGUGCUGGCAGUUAAUUUUUUUAAUUGUGUCAGUUGUUCCCUCUGUACAUGUUUUGGCACACAAAAAAUAAAGGUCACAAUUUGCCUCUGUUUAAAUCAUUAAUGCCUUCCAACUGCCAUAGAGUCCCACAGCUACU